AUGGGCCGUGAAGAGCAGGUUGAGGAGCGAGAGGUUCUCGACUCCAUCUUUCCAGAAGAAAUUACAGAUGUCUCGGAAACGGAGUUCAGAAUAUCCAUCGCGCUUGAUAUCCCCGAUCACCCCGAAGAUGAGGAGCCUCCCAAAUUCCUCCUCUCCGUUCGCUACCCGGAAGCCUACCCAGACGUAGCGCCCGACCUCGAGAUCAUGGCCGCGCCCGACGGCGGCGCCACCGAGUUCUUUGACACGGGCGACGACCGCGACCACCUGCUCGCCAGCGUCCAGGAGACGAUCCAGGAAAACAUGGGCAUGGCCAUGGUCUUCACCAUUGUGUCUGCCCUCAAAGACGCCGCAGAGCAGCUGGUGCAGGAGCGCAAGGAUGCCGUGGCCCAGGCCCAGGAGGAGCGGCGCGCGGCCGCCGAGCGCGAGGAGAAUAAAAAGUUUCAGGGCACGCCCGUGAACCGGGAGACGUUCCUCGAAUGGCGCACAGGCUUCCUCAAGGAGAUGGAGGAGAAGCGCGCGCGCGAGGAAGAGGAGAGGCUGGCGGAGCUGAAAAAGGCAAAGGUCAAGGAACCGGUCAAGCUCACGGGCCGUCAGCUGUGGGAGCGUGGCAUGGUAGGCAAGCUUGACGAGGGCGACGAGGACGACGAUGCGCCUGUGGAGGACAUGGAGAAGCUCGCUGUCGAGGCGACAUAG